GGGCUGCGCGCGGCCCGCGGGCCUCGUCGCCCGCGCGGAUCGCCGUGGCCCGGCCGUCCCGUCCCAGGAAGUGGCAGUCCUGACCGCCAUGGCUCAGUCCCCGGUGCAGUCGGGCCUGCCCGGCAUGCAGAACCUAAAAGCAGAUCCCGAAGAGCUUUUUACCAAACUGGAGAAAAUCGGGAAGGGCUCCUUCGGCGAGGUGUUCAAAGGCAUUGACAAUCGGACUCAGAAAGUGGUCGCCAUAAAAAUCAUUGACCUGGAGGAGGCAGAAGACGAGAUCGAGGACAUUCAGCAGGAAAUCACAGUGCUGAGUCAGUGCGACAGUCCCUACGUAACCAAAUAUUAUGGAUCCUACCUGAAAGACACUAAAUUGUGGAUAAUAAUGGAAUAUCUUGGCGGGGGCUCUGCACUGGACCUUUUAGAACCUGGCCCUUUAGAUGAAACCCAGAUUGCUACUAUAUUAAGAGAAGUACUGAAAGGACUUGAUUAUUUGCAUUCAGAGAAGAAAAUUCACAGAGAUAUUAAAGCUGCCAACGUCCUGCUCUCUGAACACGGGGAGGUGAAGCUGGUGGACUUUGGAGUGGCGGGCCAGCUGACAGACACCCAGAUAAAGAGAAACACCUUCGUGGGCACCCCUUUCUGGAUGGCGCCCGAGGUCAUCAAGCAGUCAGCCUACGACUCAAAGGCGGACAUCUGGUCCCUGGGCAUCACGGCCAUCAAGCUUGCCAAGGGGGAGCUGCCGCAUUCCGAGCUGCAUCCCAUGAAGGUCCUAUUCCUUAUCCCAAAGAGCAACCCCCCGACGCCGGAAGGAAACUACAGCAAACCCCUCAAGGAGUUCGUGGAGGCCUGUUUGGACAAGGAGCCGAGCUUUAGACCCACUGCUAAGGAGUUACUGAUGCACAAGUUCAUAAUCCGCAAUGCAAAGAAAACCUCCUACUUGACCGAGCUCAUCGACAGGUACAAGAGGUGGAAGGCUGAGCAGAGCCAUGAAGACUCCAGCUCGGAAGACUCUGACAUGGAGAUGGACACAGACGGCCAGGCUUCUGGAGGCAGUGACUCGGGGGACUGGAUCUUCACGAUUUGGGAGAAGGAUCCAAAGAGUCUGGAGAACGGAGCUCUCCAGCCAUCGGAUCUGGAAAGAAACAAGAUGAAAGACAUCCCAAAGAGGCCUUUCUCUCAGUGUUUAUCUACAAUUAUUUCUCCGCUCUUUGCAGAGCUGAAGGAGAAGAGCCAGGAGUGUGGUGGAAACCUGGGCUCCAUCAAGGAGCUGCGCGGAGCCAUCUACCUGGCGGAGGAGGCCUGCCCCGGCAUCUCGGACACCAUGGUGGCCCAGCUGGUGCAGCGGCUGCAGAGAUAUUCUCUAAGUGGUGGAGGAACUUCAUCCCAUUGAAAUCCUUUCGGCAUUUGGGGUUUUGUUUUUCCUUUUAUUUUUUUCCUUCUUCA